CCGAUCUCGAUAUUAUAUAAACACUGUUGUGCAUUGCAUAGUUUCCUAACGAACGCGCUUCUUCAAGGGCCAUUUGGUGUCCCGCUUGUACGGAGAGAAUACAGUUCAUAUUGCACGGUCAACUCCCGAGAUGUGGCUUGUUGGGAUAAUUUAUGGGGUUUUGAUAAUACAUGCAAGUACUUGGAUCUCAAAGGCUGACGAGGAGUUCGAUGCUUUAGCAUUUUUAUCAAGGUACAACAGCGGAGGGUCCAGUGUAGCAAAAGAGAAAGCUAUGGGAAAUUGGAACUUUUGGACUGAUAUAAACCCUACUACCAAGCUUGCUAAAGAUCAGGCUUUGGUUAGAUUUUAUGGAUUUCAAGAGGACGCUCAAAUCAGAGCUAACCAACUUGAUAUUGAGAAACUAACAAAAGACACGAAACGACAGAUUGGACUUUAUAAGGCUGCAUUUAUCGCACCGAAAAGACUCGAGAAGAGAAUGCAGUACUCUCAAAGGGAGUCAGAAAUGACAGAGAUUUAUAGCUCGGCGAAAGUAACUAACCCUGCUAUCGGUACAAAUCUUUCGCUCAAUCCUCAAUUGACCGAAUUGAUGGCGAAUUCCCGCAACUCGCCUGAGCUUCUUGCCGCGUGGCGUGACUGGAGACAGGUCACGGGACCUAAAAUGCGACCUCUGUUCAAAGAUUGCGUGACACUUGCAAACCAAGGGGCAAAGGACAAUGGCUUCCAAAACAUGUACGAAUACCAGACACAUCUAUACGAGCUACCCAACUUGGAGGAGUAUAUUGAUGGCAUUUGGCAAGAGUUAAAAGUGCUUUACUUAGAGUUACAUGCGUACGUCCGGCAAAGACUUUCGGAGCAGUAUCCCCACGUGCUUUCCUCCCAGGCAAUCCCAGCACAUCUCCUUGGCAACAUGUGGGCGCAGAACUGGGUCAACAUCUACCCUUUAGUAGAACCAUACUCAGGAAAACCCAGCCUCGAUGUGACCAAAAACCUCAGACAACAAAACUACACCGCAGUUAAGAUGGUGCAGCUAGCCGAAGCGUUUUUUAGGUCGAUUGGUUUUGAGAAGUUGCCGGGUAGUUUCUAUAGUAAGUCGAUGUUUGAGAAGCCAGAGGAUCGAGAGGUUUUAUGCCACGCAGCUGCUUUGGAUUUCUUCGAGAAAAAUUCGAAAGGAGAAAAAGACGUAAGAAUCAAGCAGUGUACCGAGAUUACUCACCAAGACCUGAUCAUCACGCAUCACGAGAUGGGGCACAUCUACUACUUCCUCAAGUACUGGGACCAGCCGUACAUCUACCGUGACGGCGCCAACCCGGCCUUCCAUGAAGCCCUGGGGGACACCAUAGCCCUGUCCGUAGACACGCCCCGUCAUCUAGUCAAAGUCAAACUUCUCGACGAGUACAUGGAAGACAAGGAGGCUGAGAUAAACGCGCUUAUGAAGAUGGCUCUCAGUAAGAUCGCGUUUCUUCCCUUUGGAUAUCUACUGGAGAAGUGGAGAUGGCAGGUGUACACGGGCGAGAUCGACUCAUCUGAGUACAACAAAAAAUGGUGGGAGCUACGCGUCAAACAUCAGGGUGUCAGGCCGCCCAUCAGUCGGGACGAGACGACUUUUGACCCCGGCUCCAAAUUCCACAUCGCGGCGAAUGCGCGAUACAUACAGUAUUUCUUGAGCAGGAUUCUACAGUUUCAGCUCCACAAGACCGUUUGUGAUAUCGCGGGCAUCAACGAGCCAUUGCACAAGUGUUCUAUCUACAACUCCACAAAGGCCGGACAAAAACUGAGUGCUAUGCUAGAGAUGGGGCGAAGCAAACCCUGGCGGGAUACCCUCGAGGCCUUCACGGGAUCACGGGAUAUGAGCGUGAACCCUCUCAAGGAAUACUUUCAUCCUCUUUAUCAAUGGCUCGUCGAGCAGCGCUGUCAGAACAAAUACAAAAUAGGAUGGCCUGGGACCGAGGGUCCGGAUUACGACCCCUGCGAGCCCCCAACAUUCCUGCCGCCUGUGGAACCCACUUCUUCGCAUCACACCGCACUUCCAAGUGCGCAUGCCUCAAAGACCGCUGGACUUAGUACUCAUGUGAUUCUUGGAAUUUGCUUCAUGGCGUCCUGUCUACAAAAGUAUAUUUUAUGAGUUUUUCAUCUGCGAAUGGUGCAGUAAUAGCGAACCGUUGGACGUUUUUUAGGAAUUGUGAAGAAUUCCGUUGUACAGUGUAAGUAAAGAGGACGGAACAAAAUUAUUUAUUGCUAUCGGCUUGUAUAGAAAUACUAAAAGAAGAAAUAUGAUUAUUAAUGUUGAUGUUAAUAUUAAAGUUAAUGUUGAAUUCAA